ACCACCGUCGACUCUACGUCAGAUAUCUAUGGCCAGGAAUGGGACUUGUCGAGUACCCAGACUCGUCUACAGACAGCGAAGCUGAGGAGCUACUACAGCCGAAGAAAAAACAGCGAACGAACAGUCAUGCCGUGAGGUCAUUACCUGAGCUCCCAACCGCUUUUCACGACCUUUAUGCCUCGAGCAUUCGUGUUAGUGUACGAGACGAUCCUAAUUUGCAUGGUGGUCGGAAGCGUGUUAUUCCUCACGUAGAGGGAAACUGGCCUACUCAUAUAUACCUCGAGUGGUACCCGCGAAAAGAUGAGUUGAUCAUACUCGAAGACAUCCUGAAAAAAUGUGAGACAGAGCUGGCCCACGGCCAUUCGAAGAUUGAUACCCUAUUGCAAAGCGACCUGAACGUCCAACUACCGUUACAUGUUUCUCUAUCAAGGCCGGUAGUCCUCUCCACGGACCAAAAACAGCCUUUCAUAGAGGGUUUCGAACACGCUAUCAAAGAGUCCAACACGAAACCGUUUACAGUCAUCUCAGACACUCUAGACUGGGUAUCAAACACUGAACGAACGCGUUGGUUCCUGGUGAUAAGACUUAAGAAGCCCAAAGACGACAAUCUCAAUCAGUUACUGCGAAUAUCGAAUCGGAUACUAGCUGUAUAUAAUCAGCCACCAUUAUAUGCAACCGAGGUUAAGUUAAUGGACAGGGUAAUCAAACACGGCAAAUCCAGCUCUCGUUUGACAGAAAAUGAGGACUUUACAGACUGCUUCCAUAUCUCAAUUGCAUGGAGUUUGACGGCACCAUCUUCGGAGGAACGACAAAAAGCUUCGGACAUUAAUCUAGAUACCCUGAGGUUGGAAAUAAGUUUCAAUAGCGUCAAGGCAAAGAUUGGAAAUGUUUCGCGCCCGCCCCACAUUAUCAUAGCUUUCCAACCGCCCGUGACCACAACCUCGUUUCAACCCCAAGGCUACACCGAAACAACAUCCUACAACUGGCAAGUGUUCUUCAGCCAACAUGACCAGUUGUCAGAUUCCAACUGUCACACUGAUCUCCAGAAAUUCCACGCUAAUCACUUUUUCGGCGCAAGCGGUCGCCAUGAUGCUUUCCAAUCAGAUCUAGCCGACAAUGAAGUGGAGUGGCUCUGUCAAGACAACGACCUGGGAUAUUAUGCAGAUGGCGCAAAGAGGACGUUGACAGACGAACAAAUCGAAAUCUUUCGGCACAGUGAAAUCCAUGCUCUAUUACGUGAGAGGGAACGUUUGAGGGAAGAAGAAGCCGAAGAAGAGAGGGAUGGUGAAGAGAUUAAGCAUAACAAUUCUAAGUCUGUGAAAAUUUCAAAGGAUGAUGGUAAAUUUGAUGGUAAAUCCACCCAGGAUGAACCGACCAAUGGUGCAUUGAAAAGGAAAUCUGCCGAGGACAACGAAGACUUUUCUGCGAAAAGAGCAAAGGACGAGGACGGAGGAGCAGCAAAGUUGCGGCAGCCGCAACAACUAGCCUUUUCCCGCGACUUGAACUCCGGGCGAAAGAUCGUUUCUUAUGCAGACGACUGAAUGGGUGAAUCUCAUAACUUGACCACACGAAACGAUAAAAAAGAAAAUCCAGAGGGCUCAGUGCCCGACAUAACAUCGAAAUGCGGUCAAACUUCAACCAUGCAAAGACACGCGAUACGAAGACUUUGCCGCCACAAUUAUGCAAGAUCGACGGUUAGUUCUGAAUCCGAAAACUGGGCCCCAUUAUAUUGCAGGUCCUGUUCGACCCCUGGAUUGGAACCAUCUGCUGUAUCACUAUCGUCUUCUGUGCCAUCGUCCUGGUAUUCAUCACUACAGACAUCAUAAUCAGUAAUUCUUCAAAUGACAAGGGGCAAGAAUGGUAUCUCACUUAUCGGGUUCGACCAUGAUCGAGGCCGUAUCAUGAGUCACGGCCGAUUUUGAAUCUGUCGACGAGGACUCAUAUCCGUCACCACUAGGAGAAAGGGUUAGAAGUGACAAGCGAUGCUGUGGUAUGGAUUCGUACUUCUGACAGGGCUUCCUGCGCGCCUGUUCUUUUUCAUUGGCCAUUGUGGUUGAUGGGAACGGGUUGAAAAAUGAGACUUUGGGAUCUAAGGAUUGGACACGAAAUGAAAUAGAAGGAUAUGGAAAUGCACCAAUUCUGUCUUAUGGGAAGAUUGUUGCUUGAGCUAUGCUCUCUGAAAGACUGCUGUCCCUCACUGGGGACCGAUGCUGGCUUUAUACG